CGAAGUAUCACUUAUUUUUUCUUAAAUUGAAAAAAGAGGACCAAGGAAAAAUGAGAAAAAAUCUCAAAUUCUUCAAUCCGAGUCGCUUCAGACCUUACCUGAUUCGACCAUUUUGCUCGUCCGCCCACAACGGCAAACCCGCCGCCACCGCCGUUAACAACAGCAAUGGCAGCAGCAGCGGCAAUGGGUCUUCUUUGGCUAGUUACAGCGAUCAGUACAAAGCUCUCCAGAACCUCGAUUUCAUGACGGCCGCGAAAAUUUUGUUCUCCGAACCUCCCAAGAAGAAGAAAUUUGGGUUGGAUUUUCACCUGGUGCAGCUCUUCUUUGUAUGCCUGCCAUCAUUGGCUGUGUAUCUUGUCGCGCAAUAUGCACGCAGUGAGAUGAGAAAAAUGGAUGCGGAACUGGAGAAAAAGAAACAAGCUGAGUUCGAAAAACAGGCAAAAGAGAUGGAGCUCAAGGCCGCCGAGGAAAAAGCAGCGGCAGCUUCUAGUCCCGAGCUUCUUGCAGUAAAAGAGAGGCUCGAUAAGUUAGAAGUAGCCUUCAACAAAAUUGUUGUUGAGUCCAAGAAGCAGUCAGACGUGAAGAAAGAAAGAGAAAAUGGUGUCGAGUUAAAGAAAGCUCUCCAGGUCGAAAAGCUCGACUCUAGGAAUGAAUUAGCAAGCAAAGAACGAGUGGUUUCAGGUGAUGGAAAGACGAGCGGACUCGCAAGCCAGGAGGGAAACAAAUGAGAUUCUGACUUUUUUAUUUUAUUUUUUUUUAUUUUUUGUCCCCUCGAGUGUUUAAAGAUAAUUACAAAACCCACUUUUGGUUUUGGUGCCUUAUAAUCCAGAUGAUCUGAUGUUGAUACAAUGUGAAGAAUGUGCAAAGACUGGUAUGUGAAUAGCAUUCUGUUUCUUCUCAGGUUUUGUUUAUUCUUUGUUUCUUGUUUUUUCGAGAAUGCGAAAUAAGAUUGCCUAAGAAUGUGAACACUGUUAAAGUUAUAGUUAGAUUAAGAAAAUCUGGG